UUUGAUGCAAUAACGUCUCCCUACAGAAGGUCAAGGUCAGAGAAAUGUACUUAGGCGGGCGUGAUUUUAGUUUUAUGCACAUAGUUCACGAACAACUUCUGAAAACAUCCCUGCAUGAAAAGCUGCUUAUCGUGAGUACGUUGAAAGUACUAGAGAGGUAACGUGAAAUGGUUUGACGGAAUAUGUGUGUUUGUCGGAGAUGAACGUAACAACAUCACUGACGACAAAAUGGCGAAACAGUUGAAACCUGUUCAACCUAAGCCGUUCUCUCGAGUAACAGAAUAUAGAUCUAGUCCUGAACUCAUUUUAGAAGUAGAGUCCGUUGCUGGUGACAGUGACAAUGGAAGACAUAUGGACAGCAUUUCCUCCGAAUCUGUUAUAGGGGAAGUGUAUGAACCAGAAAUGUAUUAUGAUGACGCAGAGGAGGCUGGGGAAUCGGAGUCGGAAUCCGAGCCCGAACCGAACCCCAUGGACACAACCGAAUUCACAACUCCUGAUCGCCCAUUGAAGUUUACCGUCAAACUCCUACUUGACUGGUGUCAGAAAAACAACGUUAACGUCGAUCUAAAAACUAUAAAACCUGCCGCUCUUGAUCAAAUUCUGUGUCGAUUUUAUGUUGAAGUUCGGAGUAAGGUCGGUCAACGCUACUCGAGAAAUACUAUCGUUGCAAUAAGAUAUGGUCUAAAUAGGUAUUUCGCAAACAUGGUACCUCCAAGAAAGAUGGACAUUAUUGAAGAAAAAACAUUCAGGUAUUCCAAUGCAGUGUUCAAACGUGUUGUUAAAAGUGCCGCCAGAGAAAACCCAGACAGAACAAGCCCCCGAAUGACGACUGAAGACCUGAGGAAAAUUUACAAUAGUGAUGCAAUAAGCCCCAAUACCCCACUGACCCUUCUGCUCAAAGUGUGGUUUGAAAUCAGCGUGUACUUUUCUAGGAAAAGAUCCAAAGUCCAACGGGAAACCAAAACGUCAGACUUCAUCUUUGACGUUGACAGCGACGGACGUCGUUAUGUAACCGGGGCACUUAGAGACGAGGAACGUGACCGAUGUCGGAUGUAUGAGAAGAAAGGUGAUGAGAUGUGCCCCAUUUUAUCCCUGGAGAGGCUUCUGACGAGAAUCGACCCCAACUGUCAGUUUCUAUUUCAGCGUCCACGACUGUCCAUUCCCGACAGAAAAAGCGCAUGGUAUCACCCCGAGCGGAUCGGCAGAAACUUCACUUCUCAGAUGAUGGGGAAGAUAACCAAACUAGCCGAGCUUGAUACGAAGUACACAAAUGUUUCAAUGAAGAAACUAGCACCCUGGUCGUUGGAGGAACUUGUUUUCCAACAUAGGUAUCAAGUCAGAUCUGUACAAAACGCACAAGUUCAAGCUGUAGUUUCUUACGACACGUCAUCUACAGGUGGACAAAGCUUUGUUCCCGCUGAUAGAUCCCUACCCCCAGCCGUACUCCCAGCUGAUAGAUCCCUACCCCCAGCCGUACUCCCAGGUGACUCAACCAAGUCAGUUGGCUGCAACACAGAGGAAGAGAGGGGAGCAUUCCGUCCAUACGUUAGACGGAAAUCACAGACGAAAUCAGACAGGAAAGGUCAGCAUAUUAUGGGAGGCCCCGACCCCUUAGAUGUGAGCACAGCUAAAGCCAAGAUAAAGCGGGUGUUCCAGCGCCUUGUGUACUCGGACCUUGUCACUGUGGUUGACUGGCUCAAGAGAAUUGAUGUUCUCAAAGAUACUUCAGGGAUAGUCUUUUGUCGUGAAAACUGUCUUAGGAUAAUGGAACAGCCACCGAGAGCCCGCAAGUUCACCCCACAACAAGUCCAUUCCACCCAGCCAUCGCAGUCGGCCCUCAACCCCUACAUCCUGCCAUCUCCUCUCUCACUGUCACAGUACUACAUGAACAACGCUAUCAACACGGCCACUACUGGCGCAUCUCGACCGGCAGCCAUCUUCUUUCCUCAAUUCCCUCUCACGUCUCAGAACCAGACUACCAUAAGCCUGGCAUCACACGAGUCCUCUCUGCCAAGACAUGCUACACCAUUAGUGAAUGCCCCUAUUACACCCAGACCCACAUGCGAGGAACAUUUUCAGUAUCAAACAGGGUCGUCUGCGAAUGCGUUCAAAAGUGCCACGAAUGACAAGCAGCUCGCCAUAGCUCCAAGACGUGCCAUCCCGGCAGCCACACCCAGUCACUCUUUUACCCAGGGUGCACAGCCCGCGACAGCGGACGACAGCUCUUCUGCCACACCCUACAGUCUUGUAGCCCAAGCAAGAAACUGCGUUCUAUUGGGUCGUCAACUGCAGAGCAACGUGGAUUCUAGUGACUACACCACAGCGGCAACAUCGCCUCAGAAGAAACUUAAAAUUUCCAAUGUCACAGGUGAAAGUAAAGUUUGGAAGAUUUUGUAAAACUUUCAUCCGAGUUCAACUUGGAGAAAUGUAGUCCACAGAGAAGACAAGACUGCCAUAUUCAGACUUUAUCCAGAAAUAUACAUCAUGGCAUACAGUCGGCUUUUGGUCAAACAUAUUGACUUUAUACUUGAGGAAUCAUUGACGUUGUUUCAAUGUUUACCUUACUGACUCAUUCCAAUUGAGAUCAUGUGCAUUUCAAGUAUUGAACUGAGAAUUCCAACUUUCUAUGAAUGGUGUCCAAAUUAAAAUCAUGUCAAAUUAAUACAGUUGAAUUACAGACGCACGAAGGAAGCACAAAAUACUCUAGAAUAUGAUUUAUAUUAAUAGAUUGACUCACGAAACUAGUUCUACAUAAUCUACGUUCCACAAAAGUAGAUGUGAGUGAGUUAGUUAAAAUUAAACAUCGCAUCGGCAUUGUUUCAACCAUAUAGCCACAGUAACUAUAGCCGAUGGUGACAAAUGAUAUGUCUGUUAUGUAGUCUAGUCUUUAGUCCGCCUGUUUUUUAACAGUCUGACUUGAACGUAUCAUUAGCAUUUUCUUGAACAAAAUAUAUAAUAAACUGUCCGAAGGGUUAAGCCAUACAGUACGUUUAGAGUAUUAGUGUAAUCCGAUCCCAUCGGAGUGUGUAGAUACGUGGUUGGUUUUUCAUUUUCACCUGCGGUUGUCUCCCCUUUCGGGUUUGCAUGUUUGAUUAUUGCGGUUGCUCCCGUCGCUUCCUUCUUGGUAGUACUGCAAAGUUGUUUUAUUGCAUUUUGAAAUAAAAUCAAUUACUGUAUUUGUA